AUGUCCUCCACACCAAACCAAAAUAUCCAAUGGCUGAAUGCUUUAGUUGAGCUUGUUGAAGAGCUAAAGGCCGACCACAAAGGAUUUAAAGGACUUGUAGCGAAACGAUUCCAGGUUCUGAGUGCCAAGGUUCAACUCCUACAGACCAACAACAAACAUCUGAAGCAUGAGAAUCAAGACCUUAAGAAACAAAUCAAUGUACUUACUGAUAUAUUAGGUGUUCAGUAUGUUGACAACAAAAAUGCUGGCAAGGAUAGUGAUGACAGGACAGUGUUAGAGGGCUCCAGUGAUCUGCCGGAGGGAGUGUCCCAGAUUCCUAACAACAGUGCAAUGUCCACUGACCAAGCACAGAAGAGUCUUGAUGCUGUUUUGUCAAAGCCUGUCAGAGUGAUAGAAAAAAGACUCACCCACUAA